GGGAUCCAGGUGCUGCACAUGGUGCGCAGCGCGCGGCUGGUGGGCCAGGCCAUCAUCGCGUACCUGCAGCGUAAGGGGUACCCCGAGGUAGCGCUGCACUUCGUGCGCGAUGAGAAGACGCGCUUCAGCCUCGCCCUGGAGUGCGGCAACAUCGAGAUCGCCCUGGAGGCAGCCAAGGCUCUGGAUGACAAGGGCUGCUGGCAGAAGCUGGGCGAGGCGGCGCUGCUGCAGGGGAACCACCAGGUGGUGGAGAUGUGCUACCAGCGCACCAAGAACUUCGACCGCCUCUCCUUCCUCUACCUCCUCACCGGCAACCUGGAGAAACUCCGCAAGAUGAUGAAGAUCGCGGAGAUCCGGAAGGACAUGAGCGGCCACUACCAGAACGCGCUGUACCUGGGGGACGUGGCCGAGAGGGUGCGGAUCCUGCGCGGCUGCGGCCAGAGUGAGUCCUGCCCAAAGGGAAUUCCCGGGAUUCCGGGCUUUUCCAGGGAAUUCUGGGCUCUGGGAGGCCUUUUCCAGGGAAUUCUGGGCUCUGGGAGUCAUUUUCCAGGGAAUUCUGGGCACUGGGAGGCCUUUUCUAGGGAAUUCUGGGCACUGGGAGUCCUUUUCCAGGAAAUUCUGGGCAUUGGGAGUCUUUCUCCAUGGAAUUCUCAGAGUUCACAGGCAAAGGGAUUCCUUCUGCAGGGAAUUCCAGGAAUUCCGGGCAUGGGGAGUCCUUCCAAUCAUUCCAAUGGUUUUUCCCGUUAUUCCCGUGGGCAUCCAGCGGAAGCGCCCCUCGGAGGUUCAGAGCGCUCUGCUGAGGAGGCACCUCCUGGAGCUCACCCAGAGCUUCAUCAUCCCUCUGGACACCUUGGAUGUCCCUAA